CAACCCCGUCCUCUCCUUGUCACGAUCUACGACGACUGAGACGACCGGGAUGCCUUCCCCAAUGGCCAUCCAGUCAGCGUCGCCGACGCCCUCAAUGUUCAGAAAGAAGUCGACGCCUGUGCUGAACACUGCCGCAUCCUACCUCUCUGCUGUGUCGGAGGCCGAUGCUCGCGCCCGGGCACCCCGUGGCACGCCUAACUCGACACCGGCUUUGUCGCUUUCGUCGUCCGUCACGUCCUCCUCAGAAGAUACGGUCCUUCAUGAGCGUGAAGAGCUGAACUCAGACGGGCUUGCAUACCCCAAGGUCCCUCCUACCUCCGAGCAGGUGUUCACGACCGUCCACGCCGAGUUUGGGCACUGUGCCAACGACUCCUAUCGCUUCACGUCCAGAUACAAUCCCGCACGUCCGCUUAAGGCCGGAGAACAGGACCCGCCGUACUACAUCCUCUUAACGACCUACAUCUCGUACAUCCUGGUCAUCCUCUUUGGUCAUCUCCGCGACUUUUUCGGCAAGAGAUUCAAGGCUACGGAUUAUCGACACCUGUUGGCACACGGCGGGUAUGCUGCAUUGAACUCGGACUUCGACUCGUUCUACACGCGUCGUCUCAAGCUCCGUAUCGAUGACUGCUUCUCGCACCCUGUUACUGGCGUGCCCGGUCGCACCAUUGUCCUCCUUGAUCGCUACUCUCCUAACCACAACAAGUCGAUCCUUCUCACCGGCGGGAAAACGCGUGGUCUCAACGUUUCAUCGUACAACUACCUCGGUUUCGCUCAGUCGAAGGGUGCGUGCGCCGAUGCCAGUGCCGAAUCCAUUAGGCGGUAUGGUAUUUCAGCCUGCGGAAGUCGUCGGGAGGGUGGAACCUCGGAUUUGCAUAUUCAAGCAGAGGCGCUUGUUGCGCGCUUCCUGGGAAUGGAAGAUUCGCUAAUCAGCUCGAUGGGUUUCGCAACGAACUCGACUGUCAUCCCCGCGCUCGUGAGCAAGGGCUGUCUGGUGAUCUCCGAUGAGCUCAACCAUGCCUCGAUUCGUUUCGGUGUCCGUCUCAGCGGUGCCAACGUCCGGAUGUUCAAGCAUAACGAUGUGAAGUCUCUCGAGGCUCUUCUCCGAGAAGUCAUCAGUCAGGGGCAGCCGAAGACACACCGGCCGUGGAAGAAGAUCCUAGUCAUUGUUGAGGGUUUGUACAGUAUGGAGGGCACUCUGGUCGAAUUGCCUGCGAUCAUGGAGCUUAAGAAGAAAUACAAGUUCUACUUGUUCAUCGAUGAAGCGCACUCCAUUGGAGCAAUCGGCCCGCACGGCCGUGGUGUCUGCGACUAUUACGAUGUCAAUCCUCGGGACGUCGACAUCUUGAUGGGGACCUUCACCAAGUCUUUCGGCGCUGCGGGUGGCUAUAUCGCUGGCAACAGAAGUCUCAUUGAUCGUAUCCGUCUUUCCGGUCACGCCGGAGCAUAUGCUGAGGCUAUGGCCCCGCCUAUACUCACCCAAGUCGUCGCCAGUAUGGCCAGCAUCAUGGGUGUUACUCUUCCCCGCUUGGACAAGCCAACAUCAUCCACGCGCUCCCUUCUGACUCGCCACUCUGACAGCACUUUGAACGUCAUUGCCGAGGAAGCUCCCGCUUGGCGCGGUACCGCAUUGGCUGCUUGGCUGCCAACAUGGAUGCCCACCCCCCAAUCGAUGUGCGACGGUUCAGACAGUCAGAUGAGGCUCCGCCGCCUGGCAUUCAACGCCCGUUACCUCAACCGUGCACUCCGCAAGCUAGGCUUUAUCACAUACGGUAGUGCCGACUCACCCGUCGUUCCGCUCCUCCUUUUCCACCCAGGCAAGAUGGCUGUCUUUAGCCGGCUCAUGCGCACACGUCCAACGCCUAUUGUCGUCGUCGUCGUCGCGUAUCCAGCUACGUCUCUCGUAACAUCGCGCGUGCGCUUCUGCCUGAGUGCGUCGCACACCAAGGAGGACAUCGACACGAUCCUCGUAGCGUGCGACGAGAUUGGCGAUCUCUUGGACCUGAAGCAGGGUGUGGGUGAGCGCUGGCCGCUUCAGGAGAUUAUGGCGCGUGCGGUUGAGCUGGUUCAUAUGGAGGAGUCGUAAAUCUUCGCGUACGUGGAUCCGGAAGCUGUCUCUGAAACUCUCGGUAUAUUAUAUGACGACCACUUUCACCAACUCGGCGGACGCUAAACUUUCCUCCGUCGUCUUUCUUCAUGAUAUCCACCCCGAUACCGUUUUGCGUAAAUAGACUGCAGAUUAGAGUCUUUUUGCACUUAACCUUUUUAUUUUACAACGACGUGCUCCUAAUCUUACGGGAAUUGUAAAC